GCUCGGCUAGCAAGCAAGCACACACACUGACCCGAACAAACGCAUCGCGAGCGCAAGAGAGGAGAGGAAACCAAAGCCGAAAGCAACUGCCGCGCUCGCGUCGCACUCGACGGCGUGACAACCCAAGGAUCUCUCUGCCCGAUGCUUUAAAUCGUCGUGGGCGGCUCCCCAAGCAAGCGACGCAAAGGCAGCAGAGAGCCGGGCCGGCAGCGACCAGGACGCUGCUGGUACACCCCCACCGUACCGUACGUGCCGGUGGAGCACGCGGCGGCGGCGGCAGCGCAGGCGCUUACAUGGGAGUAGAGGCGGGCGGGUGCGGGCGGAGGGCGGUCGUCACCGGAUUCUACGUCUGGGGCUGGGAGUUCCUCACCGCCCUCCUGCUCUUCUCGGCCGCCGCCGCCUCCUACUAGCCAGCUCCAUCCGCAACCUUAGCUUCUUUUCUUAGAUAGCUGAGCCGUACACACAAGACAGUACAAGUGAUCGGUUAUUUAGUAGGGAGGGAGAACAGAAGUAGACAGGUGAGAGUUGUGUGAAUAGCCGGCCGGUGGAGCUAGUGGCCAGAUGGCUGGAGCGGCCUUGGCAGCUCAGCCGAAGAGUGGUGGUGGCGGUGGCGGGAGGGGAGGCGGCGGGCCGGCGCCGUUCCUGACGAAGACGCACCAGAUGGUAGAGGAGCGGGCGACGGACGAGGUGGUCUCGUGGGCGGAGCAGGGCCGGUCCUUCGUGGUGUGGAAGCCCGUGGAGCUGGCGCGCGACCUCCUCCCGCUCCACUUCAAGCACUGCAACUUCUCCUCCUUCGUCCGCCAGCUCAACACCUACGGUUUCCGGAAGGUGGUGCCGGACCGGUGGGAGUUCGCGAAUGAGAACUUCCGGCGAGGCGAGCAAGGCCUCCUGUCCCGCAUCCAUCGACGCAAGUCAACGACGCCGCAGUCCUCCAAAUCCGGCGGCAGCGGCGUGAACGUCGCGUUCCCUCCGCCACUGCCCCCUCUGCCUCCCACGUUGGCCACCACGUCCGGCGGCAACGACCGCAGCUCCUCGUCGGCGUCGUCGCCGUCGCGGGCGCCCGACCUGACCAGCGAGAACGAGCAGCUCAAGAAAGACAACCACACGCUGGCAAACGAGCUAGCGCAGGCGCGGCGGCACUGCGAGGAGCUCCUGGGCUUCCUCUCGCGCUUCCUCGACGUCCGGCAGCUCGACCUCCGACUGCUCAUGCAGGAAGAUGUGCGAGUGGUCGGGGGCGCGGGGCACUCCCGCGCGGUGGUCGACCAGGACUGCGGCGUCGAGGAGGAGAAUAGCGUGAAGCUGUUUGGCGUGCUCCUCAAGGACGCUGCGAGGAAGAGGGGCCGGUGCGAGGAGGCUGCGGCCAGUGAGCGGCCGAUCAAGAUGGUCAGGAUCGGCGAGCCGUGGGUCGGCGUACCGUCGUCGGGCCCGGGGCGGUGCGGCGGUGAGAACUAAGGUCUGGAACUGAUGCGCGCCACGGCUGUGACAUUGCCAGCCAGACAGUGCGCGCGCGCGCAUGCGUGCCUGCAUGCAUGGUGAGAUUGGAUGGCAAGAAUGGUUCCAUCAAUCAACCAAGUAGCCAACUAGCCAACCCUGUGCUGAGGUAAAACUGUAUAGGCAGAACACAGGACACCUGAGAUACGCGUAACGCGUGUUAAGAAUUAAUCAUGCAAAGCUUGUGCUUUAGAGGUAGCUAGGAAGAUUGAAAGUAGAGGAGCGAGAGGGUUAGAAUGAACCCGUUGUAUUUAGCGUGGAACAUUAUCAUUUCCAGGUAAAACAAAGACCCAGUAUUUAUUUA